AUGGCGAGAGAGAAAUUGCAGAUCGUUGUGGAUAUCUCUGAAACGAUCAGCAUCUUCAUGACCCAUUUGUCCAAUUACGGGAAUGACCGCCUGGGAUUGUACACCUUUGCAAACCUGGCCAACUUUGUUAAGAGCUCGACUAACCUGAACCUGCAGACACUACCCCCAGUUCAGCUGGCUCAUAAGUACUUUGAGCUCUUUCCAGAGCAGAUGGACCCUCUUUGGCAGAAUCCAUGUGAUGAUAAAAGACACAGAGAUAUUUGGUCCAGAGACAAAACUUGUGACCAUCUACCCAAAUUUCUUGUGAUAGGACCCCAGAAAACAGGAACAACAGCACUUUAUUUAUUUCUUCUGAUGCAUCCUUCCAUUAUCAGUAAUCUCCCCAGUCCAAAAACUUUUGAAGAAGUUCAGUUCUUCAAUGGAAACAACUAUCACAAGGGAAUUGACUGGUACAUGGAUUUCUUCCCCACUCCUUCCAACAUCACCACUGACCUCCUCUUUGAGAAAAGUGCCAACUACUUCCAUUCUGAGGAAGCCCCUAAGCGAGCUGCUUCCCUCAUCCCCAAGGCCAAGAUCAUCACCAUCCUCAUUGACCCAUCUGAUCGGGCAUACUCCUGGUACCAGCAUCAGCGAUCCCAUGAGGACCCCGCUGCCCUGAAAUUCAAUUUUUAUGAAGUCAUUACAUCAGACCACUGGGCACCCCCAGAGAUAAAGACUCUCCAGAAGAGAUGCCUGACACCAGGAUGGUAUGCUGUCCAUAUCGAAAGAUGGUUAACUCACUACCCUGCUUCACAGUUACUUAUCAUCGAUGGGCAGCAGCUAAGAAGUGAUCCAGCUACUGUGAUGGACGAAGUGCAGAAGUUUCUUGGAGUCUCUCCUCAUUACAAUUACUCUGAAGCUCUAACGUUUGACCCUCAGAAAGGCUUUUGGUGCCAAUUAUUGGAAGGAGGAAAAACAAAGUGCCUGGGAAAAAGUAAAGGUCGAAAAUACCCACCAAUGGACCAAGAGUCUCGAGCAUUUCUGUCAAGCUACUACAGAGACCACAACGUGGAGUUGUCCAAGCUGCUGCACAGGCUGGGGCAGCCACUGCCCUCCUGGCUGCGACAGGAGCUGCAGAAAGUCAGGUAGCACGCAAGGGCAGGGGACCUGAUGAGGACAAUUUCCUUUACCGUCAAACCCCUUGCUUCUCCAACUCACUUGUGAUCAUCAGUAAAGGACCUUAUGAAUAAUGCUCU